AUGAACAGCAGCCACACGCUAAUGAAGAUUCUCUUGCUGGCCCUGCUGCUCCUUGGCGACACAUCAGCGCGCCAUCUGACACUUCGACCACUGAGUCGCGCAGAGAUACACGAAUUGGAGAGCACUCAGCCUCUGGGACGAUCUGUAUCCAGUGGGUUUGCUGCCGUGACUGGCUUUGCCAUAGGCCUGGGAAAGGCCCUCACCGGGGUCUUUAUCUACGACGUGAUCACCGCCAACGUAACCGACAUCGAAGAGAGCGAAAGUUCAGCAAGUGAGGCCUCCGUCAGGGAGUUCUGCUUCGACACUGGAUCGAAAUCAGGUAACGAUCUAACACCUUACUACGAUGAUGGCGACGGCGAUGCCGAUGUAGAGGAGGAAUUAUCUUUCAAGAGUUCUAAUGCGAUGACUACCUGUAUUGUAUACUAUAAAAAUGACCGAUGA